GUCUACCUUUCUCUCCAAAGUUUCAGACCUUCGAACAAAUGAAUAGAGACCAAGCAAGCAUGCAAAGUAACUUGUGGUCAUUGGGACUUGGCAUAGAUUUUGUAUUCUGGUGGGGUCUGACCGUCUGAGUCUGAUAAUUUGAGUCCACAAAACACAGACCGUCGAGAGCCAAUUAUCUUCUCUCCUAUCCACACCCACUUGGCCACCGGCUUCGCCGUUUCUCUCUUUCUCUGUUCUGCACACACACGGAGAAAGGAAAUAGAGAGAGCAGAGAGGGAGAUAAUGGCUGAGAGACAAUGGAAGGGCUUCAGGGUUGUUGAGAAAUGUGAAAGAUGAAGAGAAGGAAGAGUUGUUUACUGAAAUUUCCAUGGCCUGUUACACAGUUGGUUCAGCUUCACCCAGGAGGGAUGUCUUCUGCAACUGCAACAAGCUUUCCUCUACCAACGCCAACUCUUACAAGAGACCCAUGCCCGUCUUCAUUUCUUCUGUUAGCGAGAGGAGAGCCUCCUACAACCCCCUCGUUUUCCAGGCUGCUAAGCUUUUGGGCCCCCCGGCAAGAUUUGAAGCCUCGAAAUUGAAGGUAGUUUUCAUUGGAGAAGGGAUGGAUAAAUACACAGGAAUUGUACCAAGAACCUAUACCCUCUCCCAUUGUGAUAUUACAGCUGAUUUAACCUUAUCUGUCUCCAAUGCCAUCAACCUUGAUCAGUUGAGAGGUUGGUACAACAAGGAUGAUGUAGUGGCUGAGUGGAAGAAAGUGAAGGAAGAGAUGUUUUUGCACGUACACUGCCAUGUGAGUGGUCCAAAUCCAAUGCUUGACCUGGUAGCUGAGUUCAGAUAUCAUAUCUUUACCAAGGAGUUGCCUUUGGUACUUAAGGCUGUUCUACAUGGAGACUCGAUCCUUUUCAAAGAGCAUCCAGAGCUGUUAGAGACUUUGGUCUGGGUUUAUUUCCAUUCCAGUUCAAAGAAGUACAAUCGUGUAGAAUGUUGGGGCCCCUUAAAGGAUGCUGCUCAGGGAAAUCAAGGAGAUCAAAUGCCAAGUUUAUUGGGUACAGGUGAGGAAGAUCGUCGUCUUGAGAAGUGGGGAAGUCCAAAAUCUAUCUUCCAAGCCCUUGUAGCCUUCUUGCUUUAAUAUGUAAUUUUUGGAUUACAUUACCUCAAGGCCUACCUUAUCAUGGUUCUAUCUUUCUAACAUUUACUAUUCAAAGCCAAAGAAUCAAUGAGACACCAAUAACAGCACUUGAAUGACGCCUUUAGGGAUGGACCAAACAUGUAACUACCCUACAAUACAAAACAAUGACAUCUUUCGCCUUACAUUGAAACAAAGAUUAGAUUGAGGCUGUCAUUCAUUCUUUAUUACAGUCCUUUUCCAAAGGGAAGGCUUGAGUCACCAUAUGUGCACAAUCAUUCAUUUGUUAAUUGAUGAUUGAUUGUCAUUUGAAUUUCCUUUAAUUCUUGUAUUCAUGUUUGUACAAUGAAACACUGUACUAUCUGUAAGUUUCCUUCUUGUCACUCACAGUUUUAGGCUUUGCCAUUGAAUGCCAA